UUGAAUUGAGCGGUUCCGGCCAACGUGAACGCUCCGUAACGGUCGCUUUAUCAGUCUCCGCCGUAAAUCUAUUUAUUUUAAUCUGAUUUUACGAAAAAAUAUACAAGUGCUUUAAAAAUAAUAUAAUAAAAUUAUUAAAAAGGUAUAAAAAAAAUAUAAAUGAUAUAAGGAUCAGUGAAGUGUGUGAAGUGAAAUAACGCUCCUGAAACUGCCUAAGGAUUAUCUUCUUCAACUUUAAAUGGGAUUAUACCUGAACACUUGAUACUUUCCAGUGAGCAUGGAACUGCAUUGGCAGCUGCUGACGUUCAUCGUGUGUCUCCAAAGUCUGCGUUCCGCUGGAUUUAUCCUGCAGGAAGAGCGCAAGUGCACCUACGGCCGGAUUGAGAAGCUGCUGCGCAUUCGAUGCUACGACUUGGACCUCAAGGAGGUGCCCCAGAACCUCAAGACCUCGGUGGAGGUUCUGGAUCUAUCGCACAAUCGCAUCAGGAAGCUGAAAAGUGGCUCGUUUCAGAAGUACACAGACAUUAAGUUUCUGAUGCUUUACGAUAACAUGAUAUUAUCGGUGGAGGUGGGAACCUUUGAGCCGCUCACCUCGCUCCAGGAAAUAGAUCUUUCGAGUAAUGGACUGACUACGAUUCCGCUGGAGCUGUUCCAGCUGCCGCGCCUGAGAAAUCUCUAUAUAGACAGCAACGAGCUGACAUCCCUGAAUCUCCAGGCGCUGGAAAAACCCGUCCGUGCGCCACUGGAGUACCUGAACAUUGCCAACUGCGAGCUGCAGGAUCUGCCCAAUCUGGGAAUAUUGCCAAAGCUCUGGCAACUGAAUGCCUCGAUGAACCCACUGCGGGACUUCAAAAUCGACAGCCUGGCGAACCUGUGCCACCUGCAGGUCAUCGAUCUGACCAAGUCGCAGCUGAGCCAGUGCGGAUGCCAGCAGGUCACAAACCAUCUCAUGAUGCUCGGCGCCAGUCCGAAGUUCGUGCCAGUUUGCAUGGAGGCGCUCGACAUCCGCGAGUGUCCACUGCCCUACAAUCGGACGAUCCACUCGGCGACAUUCGCCAGUUGCCAGACGACUGUGGAGUUGGCCGAAACGCGCAGCUUUUGGCUCUUUGGCGCUGGCUGUUUUGGAGGCGUUUGUUUUGUGCUUUUAGUUGUCAUCUUCUGCGUUGUACAUUGUCGAAGAAAACGCGCCCAACGACGACUGAGAAAUGUCCAAAGGCGAAAACCUUUUGUGAUCUCGCCCAAAAACGCCAUCAACAACCGUCAACCGGAGGACGAGCCUCUGCACUGUGAUAUUGCCCGAAAAUAGCACUUUAGUUAGUUAAUUAGUCGCUUAGUUAGGUUUAGUGGCCAGUUAUUUAUUUCCUACUUUUAAAUGUCUUAGUUAAGCCUUAGAACAACCGUCUACCUAGCGAAUUGCCGUGAAUCCCUUACCAAAAAACACCAAGAACUAAAGCUAAAAAACGCAAUCAAAGAGAAAUGCCUUGCUCAAAUGCCACCGCUUGUUUACUUGGUUAUAAAAGUAACAUAGAUUUAGUAAGCUUGCAAAAGAAUCGACUAUUUAUAACGAAUGACAAUAAAACUAUAAUUAAGAUGAAAUACAA